AUGAAGAUUGAGGAGACAAGGGGCCACACAUUACAGACUGUCCUGGAGCUCACAGAUGCCCUGAGCCAGGUCUGGCAGGAGAUCCCCCAGGACACCACCCACCAUCUCAUCAGGAACCCCGACAGGCAGUACGCAGUAUACAGAGUAGUAUACAGUGUAGUACAUAGUAUACAGUAUAGUACACAGUAUACAGUGUAGUACAGUAUAUGUGUAAUAUGUGUAGUACAGUAUACAGUGUAGUACACAGUAUACAGUGUAGUACACAGUAUACAGUGUAGUACAGUAUAUGUGUAG